AUGCUUCGCCAAUGCUGUCGCACUCGAGCUUUGGCUGCUCUGCAUCCGCGGACACCGCAGUCGCAACCCCUUAGUCGCGUCGCCUCUCUCCUUUACAGGCAUGAAUGCAGCGCAUUAUUGUCACCGAGUCGCCCGGUUCGAUCCCUGUCGACAACACAAGCGAAGAAAGAAGUCCAAGAUGGGUCUUGGCGUACUCAACUGUCGGGGGAAUUCAAGGAGUGCUUUGCUUUGCCUCAGAUGUCCCCCGUCGAAGCAUGGAGCAAACCAGGUAGCCAAAUUGUCGUCAGCGGACACAUCGGUCGAACGAGAAAGGUCGGCAAGAACCUUGCCUUUGCCCACUUGGAGCGCAAUGGGGAACGACUAGGCCAAAUCUGUGCCAAGGGCGAGAAUGCGGCUAUCCUGGCAAAGAUUCGCCCGUUCAGCGCGAUUCUGGCGAAGGGCGUUGUAACGGAGGCUUCGGGCGCCGCACGAUUCGAGAUGGACAUGGAGUCAAUACAAUACCUCAACCCCUUUCCGAAGGACAUCAUUAUCGGCCCCGACUCGCUUUUUCCUCCCGAGCAUCGCCACUUGCAGUUGAGGUUCCACGAGGAUCUCAGAGAUAGGCUCCGCUUUCGCGCCCAGCUCAAGUCCACCAUGGGGCAGGCCAUGGUUGACAGGGACUUCAUGGACGUCGAGACGCCGAUCCUGUUUAAGUCCACUGCAGAAGGUGCACGAGAGUUCAUCGUACCCACGAGGCGCCCGAGACACGCUUAUGCUCUGCCGCAAAGUCCUCAACAGUACAAGCAGGUCCUGAUGGCCUCCGGCAUGGGGGGCUAUUAUCAGUUUGCUAGAUGCUUCCGCGACGAGGACCAUCGAUCGGACCGCCAGCCCGAGUUCACUCAGCUGGAUAUGGAAAAGUCAUUCGCGACAGGCAAAACUAUUAUGGAGGACGUCGAGUACGUCGUCGGUCGUGCCUGGGAUGCCGUGAGAGAACAAUACGUAAUGAAACUGGGCGAGGACUCGUUCGCGCCGGUCAGAAAGGCAUCAUUGCAGGACUGGAAGCAAAGCGUCGAGGACAGCGCCAAGGACGACGCCAAAGGACCAAUCCACCAGGAAUACCCCACAAUCUCUACGCCCUUCCUGAGGAUGAAGUAUACCGACUGCAUGGACCUCUACGGAUCCGAUAAGCCAGACCUGCGCAUUCCAAACAGAAUAUGCCGGGUUGACGAGCACCUCAACGAGGGCUUCGUCAGCAUGAUCACUGACCUCAAGGCACCGAUCGUCGAGGUUUGGAAAAUUAGCCCACACGAAGAUGCCGACAAACGAGAUGUUUGGAAGUUCGUGGCUGGCUUUAUGGAAAGUCUCCCCAAGAGCCUGUCUCAGAACCCUGACGGCGCUCCCACGGCCUUGAUGUUUGACAGCAGCAAGCCGCUCAACGGCUUCUCGGCCUUGGGGCCGGAAGGGCUAGACAGCAUUCUCGGCGCCCUUCCCGAAGAAUCGGGCUUCUCAUCACUGGAAAACGGCGACAUCAUCUUGUUCCAGGCCCGCAAGAACCAGCCCCAGCAGGGCGGCUCAACCAAACUCGGCGAGACGCGAAUCGCUCUGUACCACGCCGCCGUGGAAGCCGGCCUCCUGGACAGGGACGACAGCUUCAAGUUUCUCUGGGUCACCGACUUUCCCAUGUUCACGCCGGAAGAAGAGGGCGACGUCGGCCAAGGCGGGGCGUCGGGCUUCUCGGCAACGCACCACCCCUUCACGUCGCCGCACUCGGAAGAGGACUUUGAGCUCCUCUUCAAGGACCCGCUGCGGGCCAGGGCCGACCACUAUGACCUCGUUCUCAACGGCGUGGAGCUCGGCGGCGGCAGCCGGCGUAUACACAUCGCCGAGAUCCAGGAGUUCAUCUUCCGCGACAUCCUCAAGAUGAGCCAGGACAAGAUCAAGGAGUUCUCGCAUCUGCUCAAGGCGCUGCGCGCCGGAUGCCCGCCUCACGCUGGCUUCGCCAUCGGCUUCGAUCGAUUCGUGGCCGUCCUGAGCGGCGCGUCCUCUGUCAGGGACGUCAUUGCGUUCCCCAAGAACAACAACGGCGUCGACGAGUUCGCCGGUGGUCCGGGGAAGAUUUCAAAGCAGCAGCUCGACACGUAUCAUCUCCAAUUCCGCAAGAGCGGUUGA